AUGAGGUGUCGUGGCGCUUGUGAAGUUGGAAGGGGAAAGUACAGAUUCUCCAAAUAACAACAUUAGCGAAUAUUUAUCACAUUAUUUUCAGACAGCUGUGGUCGUUUUCACAUCUCAAAGACUUCUUGGCUGACUAUGAGGCGUGCUGGUUUGGGUGAAGGUGGCCCUCAAGGCAAUUACGUUGCGAGUGGAUACAGUGUGUAUGAGGAGGAGAAUGAACACCUACAGGAAGGAUUGAGAGAUAAAGUACACGCACUUAAACAUCUGUCUAUUGACAUUGGAAAUGAAGUCAAGAUCCACAAUAAGAUGUUGGGAGAAAUGGACUCAGACUUUGACUCGACUGGAGGUCUGCUGGGAGCCACCAUGGGCCGACUGAAGCUCCUCUCCAGGGGAAGCCAGACCAAGGUGUACUGCUACAUGCUGCUGUUUGCUCUGUUUGUGUUCCUCGUCCUGUACUGGGUCAUCAAACUCAGGUGACCGCACAACUCCUGAGAUCCAGGACUUUAUUACGUGCCAUGCUCAUUUGGGCUAGAUGAGCAAAAUCCUCACACAGGAUGAAUUAAAGAAAGCAAAUGUGCUUUCUGGCCAGCGGAUUAGAUAUUGAACCAUUAAGUCACAGUGUGGAAUAUGAGAGAAAAAAAAACACAACUGUCCCAAAAUUACUGUCUCUUCAGUGGAUGAAUGCUACUUAUACUGGAAAAAACAUGGAUAUUUCAUCCAGUAAUAAUUAAACGUUCAUAAUUGUGUGAUUCCUUUAAGAGACCUUAAUUGCUAUAAGUGUGCUAUAAUUUAUAAAUUCUGAUGAAUGCUUUUAAAGCAGUGCAGCAGUCCUUUUAUUAGAGUAUUCAGCUAUGGAAAAAAUGGAAAUUCUCAAUUCAUCUGGAUUUACCAGUCUAUUUUUAUAUAAUUUAUAUAAUUUUUUUUCACAAAAAAAGACAUAACCUACUGCCAGCUAGCGUUUCAAAGUGUUAUUGCAGAGCAACACACAUCGCAGAAGUAUAAAUGCAAGACGACAUGCGCCAAUCACUCGACGCAGAAGUAUAAACCAGGCUUUACAGUAAUUUCACUACAAUUUUAUGGACUGAAAAUCCACUUCCACACAGCUCUUAGAUCUGCUGCAUUUCUGAGACGGGGAGGGGUUCAUGGUCCCUUUAAUAAGUCCUCAACUGUCAUUGUAGGAUAUUUUUUUUAUUUUCAAAUUCAGAAGAAAUGACCUUAAUAGUUUACAGAAUAAGAAAAAAAAAUGUUAUAUUAUUCAAACACACAACUUUAUGAUUUUCUUUACAUCUGUCGAACAAAAACGAAAAUAUUUCAAACAAAACCGGAAACCUGUAACCAUUGACUUUCAUAGCAGGGAAAACAAAUACUAUGCAAGUCAACAGUUGCAGGUUUUGUUCAAAAGAUCUUCGUUUGUGUUCGACAGAUGAAAAGAAAAUCAUGAACUGGAAUGUUUGGAAGUGGAAGAUUUUCAGUCCAUAAAAUUGUAGUGAUAUUACUGUAAAGCCUGGUUUAUACUUCUGCGUUGAGUGAUUGGCGUGACCCAUGGCUCAUGUCUUGUGCGUCGUUGUGCAUUUAUACAUCUGUGCUGUUUGUGUUGCUCUGUAAUAACACUUCUGAAACGCUAGCUGGCAGUAGGUUUUUAUGUUCCUCUGUGUCGAGUUUCUUUGCAGGUGUUUUGUUUUUACUGAACACUACCUUUAAUGUACAAGUAGCUAAAGCUCGCUGAUUCUGAGGCGGGAACUGGCGGACGAGCAACAACUUUCAUCAUAAGAUAAACUCAAAACAACAGUUUCCAUCUGGAGCUCUUUCACGGGACUCCACACUUGUAAACAUUGGUUCCAGCAGGCUUGCGGCUCUCAGCACCGCCCACACUUGUCAUCGCUAGCAAGUUGACCAAUCACAGAGCUUGCAAUACGCGUCGUUGCGUCGGCUGUGCUGCACCAUACGCGUGCGCUUCACACAGAAGUAUAAAUCAGUCUUAAACUUAGUAACUAAAUCAUUUUUACUAAGGUAUGUCAAAAACUAAGAGUACUGCUGACAAUACUAACUUUGCCAUCUGAAUAAACAUAAACGAAGAACAUUGAUCACACACUUACCAAACCUGUAGAGACAGGACAAUCAGCACCAACUGGAAACGCGUUUUUUUUUAAAAGGAGACGAGCGGCAAAUCUGAAUUUCACCAUUUCCAGAUUCAAAAAAGGGGUAAAAAAUGUUCCUUACAAACAUAUUUUUGUCGCAUGUUAGCAGACCACUGUAAUCCACACAUGAGGGCCCACACGUGAGCUGUGCUCUCAUCGCGGGGAAAUGGAAACAAAACGUUCAUUGCGGCACAUUUAUAAACGUAACACUAAAGACCCAUGUCUCUGAACAAUUCUUCUACUACUUGUUUGAAUUAUGGUUGGCAACACAACGUGGCGUCUCUCUGAACACUGUAACAGGUAAAUGGAGUCUUCAAAGCUAUAUCAUACAUAUUAAUGAAGUUGCAUCUAUUCACAAUAUAGCGCGCUUAUUGCUUCAAACCAAGUCUUUCUCAUGAAUUAAUGAACAGAUGUGCUGAAAACUCAAUGACGUCACUUUGUACCGGCCGCUACAGACAGCUAAUCUCCAUGCUGGAAUUUACACAGUGCUCUCAUGGCCGUGACGUAGCUUCAAAACUUGAUCGGAUUUGCUCGAAAUAACGCAAAAACAACCAAUUUUCACUUGUUAGCUAAAUAUACGUAUCCUAAAAGUGUUUAUAGCAAUGUGGGACGCACAUAUCACUGUCAACAUCUCAAAAUGUGUUGGUGUUUCGUGACACUUCAAAACAUCAAUGUUUUAGCUUCAGCAGAGUUAACAAAGCAAUGUUUAGUGGAAUAAAAACAAAUGACAAAAUUAGUAUUAUUGUUUUUACUAAAUGAUAGGAUUAUUAUAUAAAAAUUUGAAAUAAAUGUUAUCAGACCUUUAUAAAAUAAAACAAGUAUUCAAGUUUUACUCAAAUUCUCACUUUCUCUGAAUAUGUUUAAGCGGUUCGUUUUUUUCAGGUUAUGAUAAAAGGCCAGAAGUGAAACUUGAUCACACAAACCUAAUCAAUCUUUAUUUUUUACUCCUCGCAACAUAAUGUGAAAGAGUUGCCAUAAACCCUUGUUUUGGCUUUGUGAUGUGAAGUGUGUUUGGUAGUGUUAUACAGUACAGUAUAAUAUAGUCUUUAAAGGGCUGAUCUGAGACUGUGAAACCAUACUGAGAUAUGUGAGAUAAUGUGCAAUUCACUUCUGUAAAAUAACCAAUUGAGGAUUAAUCCCAGAAUUCUACAUGCUUCAGACAUUUUAGCCAAAUUUCUCCUCCUCUGUGGUUAACAUGAUGCAUGGUUUAAUUCAGUUUAAGAAAGUGAUUUGUAAAUAAAUGUAGUGUUUUGGAGAAUUAUUACAUAAACAUUUCCUUUAUGUUGUCAAA